AUGGGCACCUCUCUAUGGUUGGAGUUUAUUGAUAUUGUGUUAUAUACAAACGUAUCUCGAUCACAUCAUCUGCAGAUCUCCACCGAAUAUUUUAUCGAUGAACAAAGAUAUUUCUAUUUAUUGUUUCUCCAUGUAAAUGCAACUUUUACUAUAGGGAUCGUAGCAGUAUUGGCAAUAGGGUCAUUGUUCUAUACAUAUCAUCAAUAUGCCUGUGGAAUGUUCAAAGUUGCUAGUUACCGUAUCAAGAGAGCUAUACAUAUUUAUACGUCAAAAGAUGUUAGUACGCAGAAAGAGAUUUUGGUUUAUAAAGAUCUAAUUCGAGCUGUAGAUAUUCAUCGAAAAUCUAUGACAUUCUCUACCUAUUUUAUAUCCACAUUUCAAAUCUCGUUCAUGUUUUUAUUAGUACUUGGAGUACUUUCUAUGAGCCUAAAUAUUUUUCGAGUGCGUCUCGUCUUUUACAAAUCCAUGUUGAUGGUUUGCAUAUUAUUUCGUUAUGUUGCUUUAGAUCAAUUAUCUUAA